AGUCUGAAGACUGCUGCUGCUGCUACUGCUGCCGUGCUGGUCGGCAUUUGUUUGCCAGAGCAGUAGCAGUGACAGGCUGCAGGUAGACCUACUAGGUACGUCGUUGAAUGAUGAUAUCGAUAUCGGACUAGCGAAGAAGAUCAUCUGCUGGAUGUGAAGAUGCUUAGUUAGGGGAACGCUUGACUGCUCCUUGGCCUUCAUCAUGUCAUUGUGCCUAUGUCGUGUCACUACUAUUUUAGUACUAAACUCUAUCGAGGAGUAUCCACUACUACUAGUACUACUGCUACUAGACGCUAUUCGCGUGUGGCAUGCACGCAUUGCACGGUCUGAACAGGAUUCGUGACCAGUGACAGCGUUCGGCUCAAAGCUGAGAUAGUCACGACGAGUCUGUGGACUCUGUGCCCGAGGCUGGUGCCGAUCGAUACAAAUCGUCACUGACAUCACGACCGGUAGCCAGUAGAUCUACCCGUGCGGCGUCGCACAUAGCAGUUAUAUAGCUGGAACUAACCCCUUUCGGAACAGAAAUCAGGAAUGAUCGAGUAGCUGUUGUGAGUAGUGGAGACAGUCAGAACUGUCCCUACCCACAGAUUAACUUGAUUAUUUAUUAAUUCAAGGACUUCUUAGGUUCAGUAAUCACACGGCCACUCCGAAUUUGCGCGUGUGCCGUUUCGGCAGGGAGGUUCGGCAGGGUCAAGUCGUUCACAGUCAGCAGCUCAUCUACACUACCUGCACUGCUGCUUCGUGUACCUGCGCCGCACUCGCUGUGUGUGUGUGUGUUGGCCUGGCGUUGGAGUUGGACUAUCCUGCAGGACGACUGACACUUAGCGCACUGUACCGCACCCUGCCAUACCGCGGAGGUGCAUGGUUAGCCUACACUAACCCAAGGUUACCAAGCAUCUGUAUGGACUCAGCCACUACAGGGCAGAUCAUCAGGUGGUGUACAUGUCAUUGUCCCUACAUGAAUAUAAUUAUUCUGUUAUCUUACAAGUUGCUAAUGUACACUCCAUGCAGUUGCCUCUAUCACCUCCUCUAGCAUCAUGAUCUUUAUCACCAUCUAGUAUCACCAUCACUAUCACCAACACCAUCACCAUCACCACAACCAUCCAACAGCAUUAAUGAACCAGUACUGCUAUUGGUAAGAUAGCGAACCUAGGUGUGCUACAUCCCUAUAGCCGGAACCAGACACAGAGACACACACGGACGUGGAUACAGACACGGAUGCAGACGUAGACCAGGACUGCUGCUGGAUCUGUGAAGUCAGCCAUCGCUUGCUUGGUGCUUGCUGCUGCGGGGAGGGUCCCUGCACUGGGCAUUGUGAGCAAUGGUGUCUAUGGUAGGCAGUGGUGCUGCUAUACGGCUGCUGCCUGCACCACCAGCCUGGUUGAGCCUGAUGCUGGUAGCAACUACAUUAGCCAUGACAACAUCAGACAGUGGCCAUGGCAGUCUGGGUUUGAGUACAGCCACUAUGAUGCGCCCAGUUGAUGUGAUAUCGUCAACGGGUGAUGGUGAUGCGACUAUGUCCACAAAUGAGAUGGACGUUGGUGAGCAGGAGACGUCGGCAGGAGAUCAGGGACAGCGGCAGCAGCAGGCUACAUCAUCUAGGCACAACUACACACAGUGUGUGCAGCUGCAGACUGAGUGUAUGUAUAUUGAACACGCGCAAGAGAAUGGCUGGUUUGGUUUGUCCCCGGGUGAUAACGACAGCGCAUUGAUCUUACAUCGUGUUCUUAUAGGCCUGCAGUUGUUCAUCGGCCGUUUCAACCACCGUCACCAGAACAGCAGCAGCAGCAGCAGCAGUGAUGGUGAUGGUGAUGGUGUGAUGGGAACUACCAGUGUGACUGCACAAUCACUAUCAUCCUGUACAGACCUAUCGGAUGUUGAGAUACUCUGCAGUGUGCUGACGGAGAGUAACGACACGUGUAUGCCGGUCACUGAUGCACCUAGCGCAUUGUCUGGAUUGUGUUUGGAGGCUUGGCAUAUACAACUUGUGCUUCUGCCCAGCGUGUCACAAAACAGUCGCUUUGUCUAUUUUCUCCAUAUCCUCGCCCGUAUCUACUGUAGCGAAAGCAGUCAGUUGAGUAAUGUUGUCAGAGAUUGCCGUGGUGAUCUGAGAAACGUCACCGUGUCCUCUGCGCAAGAAUGCUCAUAUGACCACGAGGCAAACCAAACACUAAUAAAAGCCUGCCGUGAUGCCUUGUUGACCAGAAUACCAUCUGAACAAUGGUGUCCGUUCCCAUUUGUUGCUGUAGAGCGAAGUCGCCUCCCCAAUGAUUCCUUUUUCAGUAAUCUCCAAGGGACAACUGUCGAUAACUUGCUUCAGGGCGAGCAUGAUGACCACCUCAUUGAACAAAGGUUGCGUGAAUUAUGUCCUGUUGACUUACAAGUUGCAGUUGAGGACGACGACACUUCCCACGAGGAUGACAGAGAUAACAGCAGCAGUACUGACACAGGUAAUGCCACUGCUGCUGCUACUACUGUUGCUACUACUGUUGCUCCCGCUGCUACAAGCCAAGAUGAAGGGGAAGAUGAAGAGGAAGAUGAAGAGGCCCAAGUGGACGAAGUGACUAUCCUGCGUGGACAAAUAACGGCUGAUAUUCUUGGCGUAAAGAAACUUCUGGAUGACCUAACUACAUCUAGAGGAAGUAAGGAUACUCUCAUCGAGGAACUGGAAGGUCGUAUCUACUGUGCGCGACAUUGCAAUGUUGAGCGGGCAUACUCACAGCGUACGACACGAACGUUUAUAGCGUAUUGGGCUGCUAUAGCAUUCCUGGCCCUUACGGUGCUGCCGCUCCUGGUUGUAGUGUCGGGAAUAUGCUCUGGAUUCAAAGCCAUGUGGGAGUAUCCUAGCCGACUCAUGUUGUACUUGGCAGCUGCUGUGUUCUUCUACGGUGCGUACUUGCUACCGGCCUUUCUGGAGCUAUUGUCAGUACGGAGUAUCAGUUGUAAUGCCGAUAUGACAUCGGCUACGUCAGCUGAUUUGAAACGUAAUCCGCUCGCAUCAUACUCGUGUGCCAUCAACACGUUUGGUGUGUUUCUCUUUCGCUUCAUGACAUUGUUUGUUUCUGCUGCCUGGUGGCAGCUGGCCGUGAAACUGCAGCUGUGGACAAAGAGUCGCUGGUAUGCUGUAGAUAUACAAGGCUGGGGUGAAUGUAUUGGCAUAGCCAUUGUACUGGCUGCAACUACUAUUAUCACUGGUAUAUCGACCAACAGCAACUAUCAUACAAAUCAGUUAGUGCACAUCUGUGUGGACGGGACAUCCGACAAAGUUCGCUACGCCAUUGAGCUCACUGCCACAAUACUAUCCUUCAUCUGCAUAGGGGAUGGCUGUCGUCGCCUCAUUGGCCUCUACAGGAAAUCCAAACGAUUCCAAGGUCGGCACACAUCCAUGGCAGCAUCUCAGCGCAAUGCGGUGUCAGAUGACAACGAUGACACGCUUGUGGCAGCAGAAGAGAUGCCCAACAACGGCACAAAGCAAAGCGUUCGCCUGCAGCAGCAGCAGCAGCAGCAGCAGCAGCAACGGAGGCCCAAACGCUCCGUCGCCGGCAACAGCCGCAACACGUCCAAGCGUGCGAACAGCAUGAUGGUGGAGUUGAUGAGACGCAUUGUCUUCUUCUUCGUUGGCAUCUUUGUAGCUGGUACCACCAUAGAAUUGUCUCUCUACUUUGUAAGCACGCUGAGCGAGAGUGAUAUAGAGAAGGUGGGUGCAAUGUUCACUCAGUAUGCAAAGUGUACACGAGUAACAUGUGGCAAUACUGACCUCUGCUCACCAUUACUAGCUGACGUACCCAGUCAUAUCUACACUCUGUACACCUGCAUACACACUCUGAACAUUCUAUGCGCACUGCUCUUGUGUGGUGGCGUGCUGUCACCAUUGGCAUGGAGACGCAAACUCUCCAUCAAGGAAAAGGCGCGCGAGAGACGCCGAAGGCUUGCAACAUCGACACGUCGAACGCAGUCGACUAGACUCUCGAAAAUCAAUCCACCUACUACCACCGCUGCCGACUCUGAGUUAUCCAACAACUCCGGUCAACAACAGCACGUUGCACGGAUGAACGGUGGUGAUGUUUCCAGGGGGAAAGAGUCACCAGGGCAUAUUUUGAGAGAGAGCCCUUUACUGGACCAAGAACAAAUUGAUGGGCAGUUAGCUGUGACUCCAAUACCACCUUACACUAAGUGUAGCCUGUCUAGCUCCCCCUUCUCCCCGGACUCAGCAUUUGAAUCGGGUUACUACUAGGGCUCCAACGGUCACGGUUUUACCCCUUACGGUUAACUGCUAAGCUAAUGGUCGGUUUAACGGUUAUAACCUAUAAGCCACGGCAAUCCUGCGGACUCUUUUUUAACCAUAUUUGACUAUACUCAUUCAAAAAAUGUACCCUUUUCAGCACAACGCACAAAUGUACAUUCUCCUGCAUGCUCAUUCAUACAUACUCUCACACCAAGAGACCAGAUAUGACCGAGUUGACAGCCCAGAAAUUGCUUACGCGUGCGACAGCCUGCGAAAAUGCAUACUUUGCAACGACCUGAUACUUGAAAAAUUGACUGAAAAGUUAUCUUUAUCGGUUAACCGUUAAUUCUUCCUAACCGGUCUGCAACCGGUUAAUCGGACUAACUGUUUGAGCCCUAGUUACUACCUCUGACAAUGCUCACUGCGGUGGCCAUGCACCAGUAGCUAACUCUAUCCACCGUUAGACUUUGCCCUCGGAUUAUUAUCUGAUAUGAUCUCUGCUGACUGACUGCGACUUGAUGGUAUGUACGCUCGCUUGGUACUAUUAUGUCAUUGUCUCUACCCAUGAUGUCAUUUUCUGAUUUUUUAAUUAUUUUGAUGUCACUGCUUUUCUUGAGCCCUCAUUGCUGAACAUAUCUUCUUGAUACUGUACCCGUAGAUUAGGACACUCUUUUCGUAUUCCAUGUUUAGAGAAACAACGUAAUUACUACUGUUGCAUUGUACUUACAGCUAGGAGUGGAUACUUGCAGCUAGGAGUAGGAAUGGAUACUUGCAGCGUUCAUGAUGACUGUGUGCUCUUAGGGCGUGUCAGGGAUGAUUCUCUCGCGCGCAUCGUUUGUACCUUUCCGCUGGCUGCUGUGUCUAGAA